AUGCUCGAGUACUACGAGUCGCCAUUGGCCUUGCUACGACCAGCGUGUUUCAGAAGCCUUAUAAAGGAUAUUCCGGAGAUUAUGCGAACUGCUCCUGUACCAUUGCUCACUGCUGCGGACGCUGUCGCCAGAUUGGAAUCCUACAGUAGGAACAGCAUGGACCAAAUUCUUGGAUACAACUUCGAUUAUGAGAAGGCCAAAGUAUUCGCCCGCAGCAUUGAAGGUUUCUCGGCUAAGCUUUCUGGCGCUUACAUUGUCACCAUAUUUUCAUUGAAAUAUUUCAUGAAAGAUCGAAAACCGUUUGAUCUUCACACUCCAUUGAAUAUCUGGAACGGAAUUCUCUCAAUUUUCUCACUUCUUGGAUUUCAUUUCACAUUUCCAACCCUGGUUUCGGUAAUCUACAAUAAUGGAUUGACCCAUACGUACACUCACGUUUCCGAACUUUAUACCGAUUCGAAGUCUGGAUAUUGGGUAUUCCUUUGGGUUCUUUCCAAAAUUCCGGAGCUCAUGGACACCGUGUUUAUCGUCCUCCGCAAACGGCCACUCAUUCUCAUGCACUGGUAUCAUCAUGCCCUCACUGGAUUCUAUGCCAUCGUCUGCUAUCACGAAGACAAUGCUCAUAUGGUCUGGGUGGUUUGGAUGAAUUACAUUAUUCAUGCAUUCAUGUAUGGAUACUAUCUUUUGAAAUCGCUCAAGGUUCCAGUUCCGCCGUAUGUUGCUCAAGCAAUCACCACAUCGCAAAUGAUCCAGUUUCUUAUCGCCAUUGCUGCUCAAGUGCACGUUGGCUAUCUUCACUAUGUCGUUGGGGUUGAGAAUCUCGCCGUCUCUUUCCGCGGUCUUGUUAUUGGAUUCAUUAUGCUCACAACUUACUUCUACCUCUGGGUUCAAUUCUACAAAGAGCACUAUCUUGACAAUGGAGGAAAGAAAUACUGGCUGGCUAAAGAGGCAGAGCAGAAGCAAAAGAAAUCAAACUAA